AGACCGUUAAUCAAAUAUGCCGACUGCCGUAGUGACUGGUUGCAACUCUGGUAUUGGACAUUCCUUUGCGAGAGUGCUCAUUUCCGAGGGUUACGAAGUCAUAGCCACCGAUUAUAUUGAAGGAGACCAACUCAAGGCUUUGCAAUGCCGCCAUGCUCAACUUGACGUUCGCUCUCCCGAGUCCAUUUCAGCCUUUGCUUCGUCUCUGUCUGGCCAGCCCAUUGACAUGCUACUCAACGUUGCUGGAACUAUGGCAAAACAUGAAGACGACUCUCUCGAGACCGUGAGCAAGGAUACGUUGACUCGGAUUUUCGAGACCAACACUUUUGGACCUCUACUACUGACCCAAGCCCUGCUGCCAAAUCUUCUCAAGGCAUCCGAAGCGCGUGUCGGUAUCGUGUCUUCCCGUGUGGGCUCUAUUGCAGACAACUCGACUGGAGGCAUCUACGCUUACCGUGCCUCCAAGGCAGCCGUCAACUCCAUUGGAAAAAGUCUUGCCAUGGACCUCAAGGAUAAGGGUAUUGUCGUCACCUUGCUCCAUCCAGGCAUCGUCAAGACUGGAUUAGACCCAAGCGCUGCCAACACACCUGAGGCCGUCCUACCAGAUGAAGCUGCGUCCAAGCUCUGGAAUAUCUGGCAGUCCAAGGGCAUAGAAGAUACAGGCAAGUUCUGGCACCGAGAAGGACAGGAACUUCCAUGGUGA